AUGGUCAGGGUCCAAAUGCUGCCUUUUACCUCCGCCGAGCUCUCGUCCCAAGACAAAGAAGUCUCCAUGGCCUGGGACGAUUCGGACGUGCCGACCGACUUCUUUGAUCAGUUUACCGUGGCCGACGGGCCAGAUUCGACCAGCUUCAGGGGAGGGGAGAGCAACAGCUAUGCCCAGUUCGGCCCAGCAGAGGUCGUUAUCUCGCCACCGAGCUCGACAGACCUAGCGCCGCAUUCGAUAGCUUCCUCGAUUCACGGCCAGGAUGCCAUGUCUGAUUCUGCGCAAAGCGCCUCGCACGCCAGGUCGAUACCAAGCCAUCCGUCCCAACAUGCUCAGUACCCGCACCACCUGGCAGUACACUCGGAAUCAAUACACAAGCUAACCGCCCAUGAGCCCUCUGGAGGAGGGCGUUCCAUCCCAGACCCAGAGCUGCUGAGGCUAGAUGGCUUGACAAUGAGGUCCCCCAGAGUCGUCGUGCCGCCUUCCACCACCCCUUCCGCUCCAUCCUCGCCUCGCCUGCAGUCAGAGAAUAAGAAGACGAGCCGUUUAGACGCCAUCUGCUCGACCAUUCGCAAGGCGACCACCCGCCGUCCACGAGUGCCUCGCGUGCCCACCACCGGGCCGACAAGCCCCAUAAAAGCCGAAGAGCUGAACGUUGCAGAGACGCAUCUGCCCUCGUGCCGCCCGCCGGCAAGUGGCCCCGCGCUGACAAGUGGCCCCGUGGCAGGUCUGACCCAAGAGGACCCCAACGCCAUGGCCUUCGUCAACGGCUAUCUCGACGAUCCCUUCUGCAUGUCUGACCUUUCGGCGCUGUCCACCCCUAACACUCUCGUCCACGGGGGAACCGCAGCCGGUGGGGACGCCCCGUCGGGCUCUCAACCGACGGACUGGAUGUACGGCGGAGACGCCGUAAGCCACGGCGCCGCGCCGCAAGCCGGGGAAGAAGGCCUGCACUGGAACGCGGCCUUCACGCCCGGGGGCAGUCUGGACGCCAGGAACGGGAACUGGUGGGUUCCUCUGACGCCGAGGGGGCAGCCGGCUUUUGACGCAGCGGCGGCCGCGGCCUACCAGACGCAGAACGCCCAGAACGCAACGCUCAACCUGGUCAUGCAGAUGGACAACAGCACGGGGCUCGGGUACGAUUAUGGGCUCUCCAACGGUCUCAUCCCGGGCGAGCUCGCUAAUGGCGGCGGUGGUGACGGCGGCGGCCGGACUCUCCACAUGCCGCAGCCGCGACAACCGCCGCCGGCGUCGCUCCUUGGCAACGGCUUCACCCUAGACAGUCAGACGUAUUUUCCGCCGCCCGGCGGCGACCCCUCUCAUCAUCACCAAGUCAUGCACCAGCACCAGCACCUGCAGCUCCAGCAGCAGCAACAACACCUCCACCACCACCACCUGCCGCCCCAUCCGCCGGCGCAACAGGACCAGCCCACCACCUCCUUCCGUCGGCCCAAGCCCCGCGCCCCCUCAUCCGGCGCACGCUACCACCAGUCCGGCGCGCUGACCAGCCCGCGCAAGAUCCGCGACCGCUCGACAUCCUCGUCGUCCCCGUCGCCGACCCAGCCCUCUGCCGCGGCCCCGCGCGCCUCGCGCGCCGCCUCCCGCCAACACCAGCACCACCGCCGGCGCGCCGCCUCGAGCCACGCCGCCCCUCCUCCUCCUCCGCCGCCGUCCCUACCGCCGCCGCCGCUGGCGGGGCCCCCCUCGCUGGCCGGGCCCGGCAUAGCUACGCGGUCGUCGUCGUCGCUCUCGUCGACCGCCUCUAUCCAGGCCGCCGCCGCGUUGGGGGGGCACAUGCCCAAGCAUCACCCCAACCACCACCACCACCACCACCAGGCGAAACCCCCGACCACCGCCGCGCCGGCGCACGCCAUCCGCAAGCGCAAGUCCUGGUCCCACGCGCGGCGCACCUCGUCUUUCAACAACAUGUCCAUGAUGGCCAUGUCCUCCGCCGCCGCCGGGGCGGCGGGCGACUCGACAGCCCCCAUGACGCCGCCCGACCGGCGGCGGGCCAGCGAGGGCGAAGGCCCCGGUGCCGCUAGCGGCGGCGGAGGCGGAGGAGGGGGAGGAGGGGGAGGCGGCGGUGGCAUCGGGUUCGUCAACUACACGCCCGACGACCACGGCAUCCUCAUGGCCGGGGUGGCGCCCAGCGGGAGCAGCAAGACCAAGGCGCGGCGCGAGAGGGAGGCCGCGGAGCGCCAGCGCCGGCUCAACGAGGCCGUCAUGAAGGCGGUCGCGGCGUCGGGCGGGGACCUGUCGAGUCUGAGGGAGAGGUUGGCGCUUGGGGUGUGA